AAAAACUCCUGGUGAAGCAACUGAGAUCCACGUGACUCACUAUUAUAAAGAUAGCUUUUAUUAAAGAGGAGAGUAAAGACGUGAAGAUUGAAGAAACAUUCAGUCUGAAACAAGAAGAUACUGAGGAUCAAACAAAGAUGGCUUUUAUUAAAGAGGAGAGUGAAGACUUGAAGAUUGAAGAAACAUUCAGUGUGAAACAUGAAGAAACUGAGGAACAAACAGACCUGAUGGCGCUGAAAGAGGAGAGUCAAGUGCUGAAUGAAAUAGAAGAGAAAGAUCAAUAUGAGAAUCAUCAUGAUUUCACAACUGAAGAAAAAUCUUUUAGCUGCUCACAGACUGAAAAGCCUUCAUCACAAGAAAAAGCUCAAAAGACAGAAAAUAAAAGUUAUUUCACCUGCCACCUGUGUGGAAACAGAUUCACUCAAAAUGGAAGCCUUAACAGGCACAUGAGGAUUCACAAUAAAGAGAAGCCUUACACCUGCCAACAGUGUGGAAAGAGUUUUUAUCAACAUAAAAACCUUGAAGUCCACAUGGUAGUUCACAGGGGAAAGAAGCCGUACACCUGCCCACAUUGUAGAAAGCGAUUCAACCGAAAAGGAAAUCUUAAUAACCACAUGAGAAUUCACGCUGGAGAGAAGCCUUACACAUGCAAACAAUGUGGUAAGAGUUUUGAUCAACAUGAAGACCUUAAAGUCCACAUGAGAUCUCACACUGGAGAGAAACCCUACAAAUGCCCUCAGAGUGGAAAGAGUUUCAGUCAACAUGGAAACAUUGAAGUCCACAUGAGAGUUCACACUGGAGAGAAACCCUACACAUGCUCUCAGUGUGGUAAGAGUUUCAACCGAAAAGGAAACCUUAACAUGCACAUGGUAGUUCACACUGGCGAGAGCCCUUACACCUGCCAACAGUGUGGUAAGAGUUUCAACCGAAAAGGAAACCUUAACAUGCACAUGGUAGUUCACACUGGCGAGAGCCCUUACAGCUGCCAACAGUGUGGUAAGCGUUUCAAACGAAAAGGAAACCUUAACAUCCACAUGAGAGUUCACACUGCAAAGAGCCCUUACACCUGCAAACAACGUGGAAAGAGUUUUGAUCAACAUGGAAACCUUAAAGUCCACAUGAGAUCUCACUCUGGAGAGAAACCCUACACAUGCCCUUAGUGUGGAAAGAGUUUCAGUCAACAUGGAAACCUUGAAGUCCACAUGAGAGUUCACACUGGAGAAAGCCCUUACACCUGCCAACAGUGUGGAAUAAGUUUCACUGUAAAAGGAAACCUUAAAAG